AUGUCGGACGCUCUCUGCGCUCGGCUGCGGCUUCAAGAAGUUCCCUCCGGUACCGCACUUCGCUUCAGUUCCGAGUCUAUUGAUCUAGAUCCCGUCAUUGUCGAAAUCCUCUCACGGCUGCCGGCGAAGUCUCUGCUCCGAUUCCGGUGUGUUUGCAAAGCAUGGCGGGCCUUGAUCUCCGAUCCUUAUUUCAUCAGAAAACACCUGAGCUGCAUCAACACCAGAGUCAGCGCCAGCUACUCUCUCCUACUCCGAGAACAAGUUUUCCGAUCCAUAGAGCACGAGGCAGUAUUGAAGCACUUGAGCCAGACCAGUGACGGUCCACCUCUUCCUUUCAGAAGGCCUCGUUUUCCGGUACUUGAUCCAACGUUUGAUAUUACUGAUAUUGAAAUCGUUGGUAGUUGCAAUGGGUUGAUAUGUUUAAUGCUUGAUUAUGAAGCUAAAGAAUCAUAUACAUUUAUGUUAUGGAAUCCUUGUACUGGAGAAUCCAAUCUGCUACCGCAACCUCCCCUUCAAUCCUCGAGUAGUUUUUUUUGGGGGUUUGGUUAUGAUUCUACCAUUGAUGAUUACAAAGUAGUACUGGGUAGCUGUAUAUCUGGUCAUGAAGUUGUUGUUGUCUUUAGGCUAAAAAUGGGUUCAUGGAGGAAGGUUGAAAGGCUAGAGAGGUGUUUCGAUGUGCGUUGGGUAGGGUGUUUAGUUAAUGAAUCUCUGUAUUGGGUGUUCAAGGAAGUGAAAGAGUGUAGGUUAAUUGGUCAGAAAAUUGUGUCAUUUGAUCUAGCAGAGGAGAAGUUUCAUGAGAUUCCAUUCCCGUAUCCUCUUAAGCAAAGAUUGAUUGCCGAAGUUGAAAAUCUUCAUAUAUGCCUAACUCAGUACUUUCAAACCAAUUGUUGCCAACCUGGGUGUAACUUUAAGAUGUGGGUGGUGAGUGACUAUGAAGUCAAGGAAUCGGGCACUGAAGUUAUAAAAAUCCCGGUUCUAGAUGCUGAGAAUAUGUACAUGACAUGCAUUUCUGAGAAUGGUGAAGGUUUGAUGCGGGUGGCUGAUGAUGGCUCAUUGGCAUUAUACAAUCCGAAGGAGAAGGCAUUUAGGAUUGUCAUGAAUGGUGAUCACUGGUAUGAAACUGCUACUUAUUUAGAAACUUUAGUUUCACCAUCAACCGGCAGUAUUGGUGCAAGCGUGUGA